AUGGCGGGUACCGAGUUGAGACAAGUUGAGAGAGGUCGUCUGAAUUUCUGGUACGUAAGAGGUGGUGUGACGCCGUGGCGCGUGCAUCACGUACAGGAGAUUCUUGAAAUCAACCUCAUCAACAUCAACGUCAACAUCAACGUCAACAUCAACAUCACCAUCAACAUCAUCAUCAACCCCAACAUCAACGUCAACAUCAACGUCAACAUCCACAUCAACGUCAACAUCAACGUCAACAUCAACGUCAACAUCAACAUCAACGUCAACACCAACGUCAACACCAACGUCAACAUCAACGUCAACAUCAACGUCAACAUCAACGUCAACAUCAACGUCAACAUCAACGUCAACAUCAACGUCAACAUCAACGUCAACAUCAACGUCAACAUCAACGUCAACAUCAACAUCAACGUCAACAUCAACGUCAACACCAACGUCAACAUCAACAUCCACACAAACGUCAACAUCAACACCAUCAUCAUCAUCAUCAUCAUGAUCAUCAUCAGGGAAGCCGCUUUUGGCAUCAGACACCUGCAAGCUGUGAUGAUGUUCUUCGCGUUAGUCAUCGGGUAUGCCAUGCGAGUCAACAUGAGCAUGGCCAUCGUGGCUAUGACUGACUCCUCUGCAGACAAUACAUUCGAUUGGAGCAUGCAAACCCAGAGCGUGAUCCUCUCAUCCUUCUUCUGGGGCUACGUAGUGCUGCAGAUCCCUGGCAGUCUUUUGGCAGACAAGAUCGGAGGCAGUAUUCUCAUCACCAUCAGCAUUGGAUGUAAUUCCAUCAUCACUCUCAUUCUGCCUACUGCUGCUACUUACGGAGGCUGGCAGGCAGUAUGCGCAUGUCGUGUUCUACAGGGUUUGACACAGGGCUUCUUAUUCCCUUGCAGUCACAACCUCAUCGGGAAAUGGGUGCCUUUGGAAGAUAAAGGUCGAUUUAUGUCAUUUAUUUAUUCAGGAUCUCAAUUCGGCACAGCAGCUCAACUGAUGCUGGCCGGCUACCUCGCCGAGUACUGGGGCUGGCCUUCCAUCUUCUACGCCAGCGGCAUAUGUGGGGUCAUAUGGACGGCCAUCUACAUCCUCAUUGGAUCAGCUUCCCCGCAGGGCUCGAAAAUGAUCAGCGAGGAGGAGAGGAUGUAUAUACAGAGCUCGCUAGGACAUGUGGGUGGUCAUAAGUCAUACUCCGUGCCCUGGAAAUCUGUGUUCACAUCUCUGCCCUUCAUCAGCCUGAUCGUUGUGCACUGCUGCCAGAACUGGGGAUUCUGGACGCUGAUGACGGAGAUACCGUCUUACAUGAGUCAAGUGCUUGGAGUUAAUAUUAAAGCAAACGGCGUUCUUUCGGCGCUCCCCUACAUCACAAUGUACCUGCUAAGCUUCCCCUUUGGUCUAGCGUCGGACUUUAUACUAGCCAAGGGCUGGCUUAGUGCAACUACUACGAGAAAAUUAAGCAAUAGCAUAGCUUACCUCGUGCCGGCCGUGACUCUCAUCGGGUUUGCCUUCGUGCCUGCUGGGAAUAUCGGCUUGGCGGUCGGACUGCUGUGUGUGGUCGUCGGGCUUAAUGCAGGAUACUACACGGGCUUUAUGUUGGCGUAUCUGGACAUGGCUCCCAACUUUGCGGGUUUCAUGCUCUCCAUCACGAACUGCGUCGCAAACUUCAUAUCAUUCAUCUCACCGCUAGUUGCUGGAGCUAUAAUAAAAGACGAGACUGAUGUAAGUCAGUGGAGAAAUGUCUUCUACCUCUCCUCCUUGCUCUACGUGCUGGGUAACACUUUCUACCUGGUGUUCGGAACCAGUGAGCCACAAUCAUGGAAUGAGCCGAAACAGGAGAAAGAAGUAGAAAAUAGUUCGAGUAAGUAGUU